AUGGAGUUAUCGCAGUCAAACAUACCGUCUGCCCAGGACCUCCUGCGUUUCGGGGGACCGUUUGUUCCAUUUUCCGAGUUUCCGGUUCAGACCAUCUAUGAGACUCCUGAUUGGAUUGAGAAGAAGCUGCGAGAUGGGAAGCCGUUUGUGAUACGGGGGUUAAAUUUGAAUGCCCACUGGGACGCAUCGUUUUUAAGCAAUGAGUGCUUGAUUGCAUCUUCAUCCUCCGGAGCAAUACCAGUAAGGAACUGUCAGACUGGCCGAGACAUUAGGAUGCGACUUCGUGAUCUGAUAUCCCCCACGAACCACACUCGUGUUGGUCACGUCCGGGAAUCGUUAUAUGCAAAGGAUCUGCCAUGUCCCCCAGAGUGGAUCAGAGCAUUGAAGGCUGUCUUGCCUUCUUGUUUGAUGCAACUAGGCUCAAUCGAUUUGUUCCGAGUGCUCCCAAAGGAUAUCAUCCCUGAAGUGUUGAUGGCUUACGUUGGAACCCAAAUGUCCUUGUCUGGGUUUCACAGAUGCUUUAGUGGAACGGUUGCACUUAAUUUAAUGAUCGAGUCGGAUGGAAGCCGAUAUGGUUCAUUGUGCUUUGGCACAGAUCAAGAUUCACAGGGAAAAUACGACGUGUUUAUGGAAGGUCUUGGAAAGUCAUCUCACACUGACUGGGCCAAUAUCUCUAUUGCGCAGAUGGAAUCUGCCGCCGAUUUUCCAAUUUAUGUCACUCAUCAAGAGCCCGGGGACUUGGUUAUAUUUCCUUCAGCAACUGCUCAUCAAAUAUGGAAUGUCAGCUCCAUGGUCACGAAGGUGGUUUGGAAUAUUAUGCAUACUACCUCGAUUACCUCAUUCUUCAGUUAUGUUCAGCCCGUGUAUCAGAAACAAUGCCAUGCGGAUACAGGCCGAGUUCCUUUGAUACCAGUACAUGCACUUCACAACAGUCGAUGUAACCCAGAAGAGACAAAGCUGCUUGUAGAUAUGCUUCAACAGUUAGUCGACGAUGAGGAUACCGGCUGCGACUCAUCUGUACCUAUUAAACUUGUGGAUACGCAAGGAGCUGUUGUGGAAUGCAACUUUUGCGGAUUGACAAUAUGGAACCGGCAUCUUCACUGCGAGCAGUGUGGGGAUUUUGACCUAUGUCUAACAUGUUAUGUAUCCGGAAGGAGUUGCAAGCAUGUUGGAGAUUAUACCUGGGCUGAGCUAUUUCGGAUCGAAUAUUGUCAGGGUCUCAUAAAAACCACACAGGAUAGCCUAGGUGGCUAUCUCUCCUCGAAAAUAAGGCAAAAGGGGUAUGACUCCAUUUUUGUUAUACCCCCACCUUCUGGACAAAAGUCUUUGGGUGCUUUAGCCUUGGCAGCGGCCGACGCGCGACGGCAAUCUUUAGACCGUCUGUGCCACUUAUGUCGUGACAGUCACCCUGUCUGGAAGGGAAUUGCAUGUCCUCAAUGCUCAGCUUUCUUCUGCUACCGCGGCCUGUAUAGGCAUUUUGAUAUCGAUAUCCUUGGAUUCCUGAGAAAUGAAGAUUCGUGGAGUUGCCCGAAAUGCUCACAGAUCUGCAACUGCCGUUGCUGCCAUUUUUCUCGUCCUUACCAAAGUAAGGAUAAGCCUAUCCGGGCUCGCAUCAAGCCUGUUGAUCCUCGAGGCCGAGUCUCCGGAUUUGUGGAUAAUGUGUUUGACCAGAAGCGAGGCAAGAAAGCCAUAUCAGCUACAAAAAGUGCAUCGCCCCAGAACACUAUGUACCCUCGAGGGCAAAAGCGACCCAAGCCGCAAAAUGACGAUGACAAUAAGCAGUCGCUAUUUAAAGCUGUACACCCCUAUUCUGAAAGUGCCCAGCCAGCUCACAAUAGGAGAUCAGAUACUCUUACGGACGUUGAUGGUUCGCUUCAUCGCCCUCCUCGCGCUAGUUCAAUCGGGUCUUUCAACUCAAAAGGGCAGCUCCGCAUCAGCGAUCUCGUCGAGGACAGAAUCCUCCCAGACAGCAGUUUGCCUCGCAGUCAGCAUGUACAGCCUCAUGUUUCAUUUUCUUCCAUGCCAGAGAAUGUCGCAUACCGACAUCCUCGUGAGCCUAACAGCCACAAUGCAAACGUUUCCAACUCGGAUAAUGAAGAAAGCAUCCCCUCUCUUGAAAGGAAACUAAGCGCUCUACGUCAGUACGCCGAGGGCCUUCUUGAGCUGUCUCUGAUCGACUCGCACGCCAAAGUUCUUGACAAGAUCUCCCAUCUGGAGGGCCAGAUUGAGCGGCAAAAGCGGCAGAAAGCCGAGUUGCUUCUUAGUGGCCUAAAUCGGGAUUUCCCUGACUUGGCGGAUAUAGCCAUGGAAGAGGCGCGACGGCGUGGAAUAUGA